AUGACCCUGGGCAGCUGCUGCUGCGAGAUCAUGUCCUCCGAGAACUCUCCGGCCGCGCUGUCCGAGGCGGACGCAGACAUAGACGUGGUGGGCGGCGGCGGUGGCAGCAGCGGUGGGGGGGAGCUCCUCGCCCGCUCCGGGCCCCGGGUCCCCCGGGACGCGCUCCCGAACGGCCCCGAGCCGCCCUCGGAGGAAGCCGAGGCGGACGCCGCUGAGGAAGAGGAGUCAGGCGGCUGCUCUGACGGCGAGCCCCGCGCUCUAGCGCCCCGGGGGGCGGCGGCCGCAGCGGGGAGCCCCGGGCCAGGCGCGGCGGCGGCCCGGGGCGCGGCGGGGCCCGGGCCGGGACCGCCGUCGGGGGGCGCGGCGACACGGAGCCCGCUGGUGAAGCCACCCUACUCGUACAUCGCGCUCAUCACCAUGGCCAUCCUGCAGAGCCCCAAGAAGCGCCUGACGCUGAGCGAGAUCUGCGAGUUCAUCAGCGGGCGCUUCCCCUACUACCGGGAGAAGUUCCCCGCCUGGCAGAACAGCAUCCGCCACAACCUCUCGCUGAACGACUGCUUCGUCAAGAUCCCCCGCGAGCCGGGCAACCCGGGCAAAGGCAACUACUGGACGCUGGACCCGGAGUCGGCCGACAUGUUCGACAACGGCAGCUUCCUGCGGCGCCGAAAGCGCUUCAAGCGGCAGCCCCUACCGCCGCCGCAUCCACACACACACCCUCACCCCGAGCUGCUGCUGCGAGGUGGGGCUGCGGCGGCGGGGGACCCCGGCGCCUUCCUGCCCGGCUUCGCCGCUUACGGCGCCUACGGCUACGGCUACGGGUUGGCGCUCCCUGCCUACGGCGCCCCCCCUCCCGGCCCGGCCCCGCAUCCGCAUCCACACCCGCACGCCUUCGCUUUCGCCGCCGCCGCCGCAGCCGCGCCUUGCCAGCUGUCGGUCCCCCCUGGCCGUGCCGCUGCGCCUCCACCCGGACCUCCGACGGCCUCAGUGUUCGCGGGAGCGGCCUCGGCUCAGGCCCCAGCGCCAGGCACGGGGUCGGGGCCGGGCUCGGGACCCGCAGGCCUUCCCGCCUUCCUGGGCGCAGAGCUGGGCUGCGCCAAAGCCUUCUACCCCGCGUCCCUGAGCCCUCCCGCAGCCGGCACCGCGACUGGUCUGUCCACCGCACUCCUGCGCCAGGGCCUCAAGACAGACACGGGCGGUGGUGCGGGCGGCGGGGGCGCCGGGGCUGGGCAGAGGCCUUCCUUCUCUAUAGACCACAUCAUGGGCCACGGUGGCGGCGGGACUGCACCCCCGGGCGGAGGCGAGGGCUCGCCGGGAUCGCCGUUCGCGGCGGCGGCGGGUCCUGGAGGUCAAGCCCAAGUCUUGGCCAUGCUGACUGCCCCUGCCUUGGCUCCAGUGGCCGGCCACAUCCGCCUCUCGCACCCCGGGGAAGCCCUCCUGUCCUCAGGGCCCCCGUUUGCCGGCAAAGUUGCCGGUCUCAGUGGCUGCCACUUCUGACCGCGUCGGGCUCAGGGCCCCUUGGGCCCGCGCUCAGCCUCUCCCGGCAGCUCCCGCGGUCCCAGCGGAACUCAGGGAGUCUAUUUGUGAAGAGUCUCCAGACCUUGGGCCGGCGCGCGCGACUUGGCUCCGCGUUCAGAAUAUCGGCGAUAGUUGGGACCAAGCGGGCUCCAUCGCUCAGGGAGAGCCCGGGUCUCCGAGACAAGGUCCAAGCUUGGAUUCCGUUCCAGAAGUUUGAGCAGCAAGAGGGGAAUGGGGGGAGCCUUCGCUUUUUCCCAGCCUCUGCGCCUCUGGCAGCCCCGGAAGAAUGCUUCCCCGGUGCCUUCCCAGGCCCUGCGGAUCCCGCCAGAAACACCAACUGCGCAGAGAGGUCUUCCUCUCUGUAUCUCCUUCACUCCUCCCCCGACUUUGAGAUCUUGCUUGUCCAAUAUUAUAAUUUAAAGACACCUAUUAUCUGCUUCGUACUUAAAAGAAAAAUUCAACUUUUCCCCCUUGCUAUUCUCCAAGGCAGUUCGUUCUCGCCGAAACCUAAAGCUGUGUCUACACAGGUGAAGCUGAGCAGAGAGCUGAAGCGAGGUGUCUCCGAAAUCCCUUUGGAAACCCUGGAUCCAACUCCACUGGGGAGCAUCCUUCCCCUUUUGUGUUGGGGUGCCUUUGAAGGAACAUUUCCCCCUUCCCAUAGCUGGCUGGGUCCCGCCAACCAGGGCCAGCCGCCCUGUCAGCGUUCUACUCUGUCCCAGGCCCAGGGAUAUUUAUUAUAGCUA